CGCCCGCCGCUACCGCCGGCCGGCCGACCUCCCUCCUCGGCCGGCACGAGCCACGGCAGUAUCACUCGUCUCGAGACCAAGUGAGAGAGAGAGAGAGAGCAGUGCGCGGUAGCAAAGUAGAGCCGCAAGAGAAGGAGACGCUGAGGCAUUGAGAGAGGCCCUGCAGGAGAAGGUCAGACGUUGGCUAAGGGAGGGAGGGGGGAACACUCAGGGCACACUCUGGGACGAGGCGUGAUGAACACCGAUGAGUCGAGGCUGAUGGCUGGAGGGGAGCAGUUGGCAAGGGAAAGGGAAGCGAGGUGGACAGCCAUGCUGGACAAGUCUACCAAUGUAGCUCGGCCUGCUGGCAUGCUGUUGGCAAAGAGAGUUCCCACAUCAAGCGGGCAAAGCUGUUGGAAGCACGGAUCGGCGGGCGGCGAGUCGAGGAGGCCGAGGCCGACAGCGACGGUCGUGAGCUGUGCGCGGGCUUGUCGCCAGCGUAUGUGGCGGCGCGUGCGGCACUUGAUGUGGUACGCAAGGCUGAGGAGGACGAGAAUGUGGCACCUUCCGGAGACUAUGGCCACGGGAAGUGGGCCAGCGGCGGGGCGGCGGCGAUGGAGGUGGGCAGCUCUCACGAGUGCAGCGCGCCGCUGCUGCCUCCGGGGCCGCCGGUGGUGCUCGUGAUGCUUCCGGGCGCGGCGUCGCUGUUGCCUGUGGAGAGCGUGCGCGGCAUGCGGCGGAAGCGGGGCGUCGGCGAGGUAUUCAACGACGACGAGCCGGACGCGAGCGCGGCGAUGAUGAUGGUUGAGUAAAGAGAUGGAGGAAGAAAGGGA